UCUCUUGUGUGUCCGCCUGUGAGAAGGAGCCAGAGCCCAAGGAAGAUGAUAGAGCCUGAGGAGUACAGAGAGAGAGGGAGAGAGAUGGUGGAUUACAUUUGCCACUACCUGAGCACUGUGCGGGAGAGGCGGGUGACCCCAGAUGUGCAGCCUGGCUACCUGCGAGCCCAGCUGCCUGAGAGUGCUCCUGAGGAACCUGACAGUUGGGACAGCAUCUUUGGGGACAUUGAGAGAAUCAUCAUGCCUGGGGUGGUGCAUUGGCAAAGCCCCCAUAUGCAUGCCUACUACCCAGCCCUUACCUCUUGGCCAUCACUGCUGGGAGACAUGCUGGCUGAUGCCAUUAACUGCUUGGGAUUCACCUGGGCAUCCAGCCCUGCAUGCACAGAGCUGGAGGUGAACAUCAUGGACUGGCUGGCCAAAAUGCUGGGACUCCCAGAGCACUUCCUACACCACCACCCUGGGAGCCAGGGGGGAGGUGUCUUACAGAGCACGGUCAGUGAAUCCACCUUGAUUGCCCUGCUGGCAGCAAGGAAGAACAAAAUCCUGGAAAUGAAGACCUCUGAGCCCGAUGCUGACGAAUCCCGUCUGAAUGCCCGUCUCAUCGCCUACGCCUCUGACCAGGCUCACUCCUCAGUAGAGAAGGCUGGCUUGAUUUCCCUGGUGAAGAUGAAGUUUCUGCCUGUGGAUGACAACUUCUCGCUCCGAGGGGAAGCUCUUCAGAAAGCCAUUGAGGAAGACAAGCAGCGGGGCUUGGUGCCUGUCUUUGUCUGUGCAACACUAGGGACCACUGGGGUCUGUGCAUUUGACUGCCUGUCAGAGCUGGGCCCCAUCUGUGCCAGUGAAGGGCUAUGGCUCCACAUCGAUGCUGCUUAUGCAGGCACUGCCUUCCUGUGCCCCGAGUUCCGGGGAUUCCUGAAGGGCAUUGAGUAUGCUGACUCCUUCACCUUUAAUCCUUCCAAGUGGAUGAUGGUGCACUUUGACUGUACUGGGUUCUGGGUCAAGGACAAGUACAAGUUGCAGCAGACCUUCAGCGUGAACCCCAUCUACCUCAGGCAUGCCAACUCAGGUGCAGCCACUGACUUCAUGCACUGGCAGAUUCCCCUGAGCCGACGGUUUCGGUCUAUUAAGCUCUGGUUCGUGAUUCGGUCCUUCGGGGUGAAGAAUCUUCAAGCACAUGUUAGACAUGGGACUGAAAUGGCUAAAUAUUUUGAAUCUCUGGUCAGAAAUGACCCUUUCUUUGAAAUUCCUGCCAAGAGACACCUUGGCCUGGUGGUUUUUCGUCUAAAGGGUCCUAAUUGUCUCACAGAAAGUGUGCUAAGGGAAAUAGCCAAAGGUGGCCGACUCUUCCUCAUCCCAGCUACGAUCCAGGACAAGCUGAUCAUCCGUUUCACUGUGACAUCCCAGUUUACCACCAAGAAUGACAUCCUGAGAGACUGGAACCUCAUCCGAGAUGCAGCCACACUUGUCUUGAGUCUGCACUGUACUUCCCAACCAAGCCCUCAAGCCAGGAACCUCAUCCUUCCAGUCAGGGGCCCCAGAAGCGUGGCUGGUGGAAUGUCCCUUCAGUCUGUCAAUGAAGGAGGAGAUGACCCAGCCCAGGCCAGGAAGAUCAUCAAGCAGCCACAGCGUGUGGGAGCCAGUCCCGGGACAAAGGAAGACAGCAGCCAUCUUGAUUCCUUGCUGGACCCACUUGAUGACUGCUUUUCAGAAGAGGCCCCAGAUGUCACCAAGCACAAGCUGUCCUCCUUCCUGUUCAGUUACUUGUCUGUGCAGAAUAAGAAGAAGACGGUGCGGUCCCUCAGUUGCAACAGCGUGCCUGUGAGUGCUCAGAGGUCAUUGCCUACAGAUGGUUCUGCAAAGAAAGGGGGCUCCUCCCAGGUCGGAAUCUUUUCCAGGUUCCCUGAAGAGAUGAUGAUGCUGAAGAAAAGUGCCUUCAAAAAGCUCAUCAAGUUUUACAGUGUCCCUAGCUUUCCUGAGUGCAGCUCUCAGUGUGGGCUGCAGCUGCCCUGUUGCCCUUUGCAGGCCAUGGUGUAGACAAGGGUCUUCAGCCAGAGUCCAAAGAUGUGCUUCAGAAAGUCUGUGAACCCCUCAAAGUUACGUGCAGUUCAUGUGCUUAUGUGUAUGUGCAUUUUUCUUGGGGUGAGUCCAUAAUUUUACUGAGAUUCUCAUUAAGGUUCAUGAUCCACCAAGGGAUAUAAAUGGAGAGUUGAAGCCAGUGUGAUCCAGAGUUUCAGCAGCUCAGAAAGGUAGUAUACUGACAGGCAGCUUCUCUGGUUCACCUUGUGACGUGAAAAAUAAUGCUGAAAUAAAUUGUGCUUGUCCCGGAAACAAA